UGGAAUGUCAAUCGCCAACACAACAACAGAAAAGUUUUUUGAUCUCGUCUUGUAAAAAUUAUUAAAUUUAAAUAGAAUAGUAUGGCAUCAGUUCCAUUACUUGAGGAUGAAUUUGGCGAAGAAUUCAAUGAUAACACAUCAUCAAGUCGAUUAAAACAUCCAUACGUCACAUUUUUCCAUGUCAUUUUCAGAUCUUUAGCCGUAGUCUUUUAUCUAUUUUCAUCGUUAUUUACCGAUAGUUUUAUAACAAGUUUCGUAUUUAUAGUCCUGCUGCUUUCGGCUGAUUUUUGGACAGUUAAAAACAUUACAGGAAGGAUAUUAGUAGGUCUUAGAUGGUGGAAUUAUAUUGAUGACGAUGGAAAAUCCAUUUGGGUCUAUGAAUCUAGGGACAAAGCACAGCAAUUAAAUCGACACAAUCCAAGAGAAUCGAGAAUAUUUUGGCUGGCCCUUGCAGUCGUUCCUAUUUUAUGGACAUUUUUCUUCAUCGUGGCACUAUUUGGACUUAAAUUUAAGUGGCUUGUUCUUGUCAUGAUCGCAUUGACGUUGAGUGGAGCUAAUCUUCAUGGAUAUAUAAAAUGUAAAUUUGGAAGUAACUUAAAAGACGGUGUUAAGGCAUUCGGACAACGAGAAUUGUUGAGAAAUUUCAUGAGUCGAGCACAGCCACCAGUUAAUCAACCAAAUAAUACAGGCAUUGUGUAAAUGCUAAGCACAUCAGUAAUAGAAAAAUGAUGAUUUAUUAUGCAUUAAUAAUAUAUUUAAAAUACAUGU